UUUUUCCAGACAAAAAUCCUGGAUCCUCGCCUAAGGACACGUGGUCUUAAUUUGUAUGUACAUAGAAAUGAAAAAGAAAGUAUAUAACUUCCUAGUCGAUCGUUAAUGUCGCUGUACACAUAAACAUACGGUGCAAGCGGCGCUGUGCUGGAAGUAUAAAGAAAGUGGAACACACGACGUGCAAGCCACAACAAAGAUGUUACGCAAAGGAACAAGAUCAGAGAUAGAAAGACUCACACAGGCCCAGCUUGUGCUUUCCAAAGAGGACGACGCUUUGCCGGAUGACUGUUGUAAAUAUUGUCGUUUGACACAUGAACGUUACAACAUUUGUGAAGAUUGCAUGGUAUAUUUCUGUGAUGACUGCUUCAAGCGAUACCACCCUGCAACUCAUACCAUCUGCAAAUCUAAACCAUUCCUUGCUCUUGCCUGUCCUGAACACAAACAAAUCUGUCGUCAUUUCUGUGAAUUGUGUAAAGCACAGAAAUGUGAUGACUGCAUCGCUAAGAAUGGAAAAUGUUCUGGUUCUGAACAUCAAAUAAUACAAUUGCUGAAGCAUAUCUCACAACAAAAGGACAGCUUUGAUGAAACAAUACACAAUUUUUCAUCUGCAAGUUCCCGGACCAUCAAUAUGUUGUCGGAGCAGUUGGACAAGACAGAGAACGUAAUUUUGAUGAACAAUCUACAAAAUAAGGAGAUAUUGAGACAAGAAUUUGCAUCACUUCGUCAUCUGAUUACAGAACGAGAACAACAAAUGCAGAGGGAUCUGGAGGCGGAAUACAGUGUGCAGUUGAAAAAAAUACGACAACGGCGACGAGAAUAUGGAUCAUACUUGAUGAAAGAUAGUAAACUUCUCUCGAAAUCAUUGCACACCUUGGGGAAAAAAUCUCUACUCAGUUUUCAUUUUAGUGGACAAACAUUGUGGAAAAGAAUCAAUCAACACAAGAGAGAGUUGGAGUGUCUUGAAAGUCCCGAUGACAUAUCUGUCUCGACCUUGAUGUCCCCGUUAUCUCUGUAUGUUGAAAAAACCGAACUGGCUAAAUCCUUGCAGCUACGAAAUUCAGCAUCGUUCCACCUUACAUGUCCACGACAUAUUGUGUAUCUGGAUGAUGUAACAGAACCACUUCGUGUUCAGGAUUUCGUGAACAUUCCCAGCUCUACUCUGUCCAGUACUUGGACGAUGUCUGUCGAAAUACGAGACUCAGUGAAGAAAGUCGUCUGGCGAACUGACGACUGUUCUCAGGACGAAUGUAUCGCAAAUGUUAAAGAAAAUUUCUUUCUAGAGCCCAAAAGUAGAUAUUUGAUAAAAUUUUCUCUGCAACAGACAACCCGGGUGUCCAGAUAUAGUACAACACAAAACAUAAGUAAACCAUGCCAUGUUUUACUCGUAACAGACUCUGUUAUAGGAAAUGAAGCAGCGAUGGAUACAGAGAGUGAAACAUAUGCAUCGUAUUUUCAAACUAGUAUUGUUGGACUGAAAAUGGGGUACACAGAAAGGCAGCGAAUACAGACUUUGAUUUCUUUAAAGUAUGGUAGUCAAUAUACUCCAACACGGAAUGAACGAUUCAGCUUUGAGGAAAGACGAUUUUAUGGUGGUUUGAGAAAAGAAGAAAUAAAAGUAGUUACCCCAAAAGGAAAAAACAAGGACGAUCGUAAGGAGAGAACACCCAAGCAGUGAAGAUUGACUGACUGAAAAGAAGAGGAAUAGAAUGGAGUAAAUGAAGAAUUGUAAACGACACGAAAGAAAUCUUUUGCAGCUUCAAAAUCAUGUACAGAGAAAUUAAAACCCAAUUGUCUA